GCCAAAGGCUAUCUCAUCUGAGCAUGCAGAGCGAUUUCCCCCUAAACGCUCUCUCACACACUCGAAGCACAAGGCUGGAUGUACAGGCUGUUGUUGUUUCGAAGCUCAGCCAUGACAUGGGAAUUCUGUCUCUGCUUCUGUUUUCUGCUGGCGGGAGUCAGCUGUGACAAAAUUCAAGGAAUACACUGGUCCUACAAAGAGGGCAGCCUGGACGAGGCGCACUGGGCGGAGAAGUACCCGGCUUGCGGCGGCCUGAAACAGUCGCCCAUCGACAUCCAGAGGAAGAGGGUCCGAUACAACCCCAAGAUGCUGCAGCUGGAGCUGACGGGCUACGACGGCCCGCAGAAGGGAAACUCCCUCAUGACCAACAACGGCCACUCAGUCCAGAUCAACCUGCCGCCCAGCAUGGUGAUCACCCAGGGCCUGCCCGGCCGCUACACCGCGGUCCAGAUGCACCUGCACUGGGGGGGUAUGGACCUGGAGGCCAGCGGGUCGGAGCACACCAUGGACGGCAUCCGGUUCAUGGCGGAGUUGCAUGUUGUCCACUACAACUCCGACAAAUAUAAGAGCUUUGCCGAAGCUGUAGACAAACCUGACGGAUUAGCUGUGCUUGCAUUUUUCUAUGAGGACGGGCAUUUUGAAAACACUUACUACAGUGAUUUCAUCUCGAACCUGAAAUAUAUCAGGUAUGCAGGCCAGUCCAUGAUCAUCUCGUCGGUCAACGUGCGCUCCAUGCUCCCGGAAAACCUCUCCCAUUUCUUCCGCUACCAGGGCUCUCUCACCACUCCCCCGUGCUAUGAGAGCAUCCUGUGGACGGUGUUCGACACCCCCAUCACCCUCUCCCACAGCCAGAUCAGAAAGCUGGAAAGCACCCUGAUGGACUAUCGCAACCAGACGCUGUGGAAUGAUUACAGGGUGGCCCAGUCCCUGAACGACAGGGUGGUGGAGUCCUCCUUCCUGCCACGGCUGGGCAAAGGCACAGCUUUCUGCCGCCAAGAGGAGAUUGAGUCCAAGUUACUGAAGAUCGAGGGAAUGAUCAACUCCUUGGGGAAGCAGAUCCAGACAGGCUCCCUCCCAGGACUCCAGCAGCAUGACUGUGGCAAGAAACCUCACGCCCCCUUGGUCUUCCACUUCCCCGAGAGGAACACGAAGAGCUACGCCGAGGUGCACCACGAGCACGGCAUGGCGCUGUCCUCCUUCACGGUCUGCAUGCACAUCAAGCUGAAGGCCAGUGGCGUGCACACGGUGCUCUCCUACUCCAGCGCCGGCCACGACAACGAGCUGCUCAUCACCGCCGGCUACGAGGUGGGGCUGUGGGUGGGCAACGAGUUCGUCAACUUCCCCCACAGCUUCCGCUCCCAGAACUGGGGCAGCUACUGCCUGACCUGGGCCUCGCACUCGGGGGGCGCGGAGCUGUGGCUCAACGGCCUGGUGAGCGAGGAGCAGUACCUGAGGAGCGGCUACGUGCUGCGGCCCGGGGGCACCCUGAUCCUGGGCAAGGACCAGGACGGCCUGCUGGGCAUCUCCGACGCCGACGCCUUCGUGGGCCACAUGACCGACGUCCACGUGUGGGACUACGUCCUGAGCUCAUCCGAGAUCCGGGAGCAGAUGUCGUGCCGGAACGGCACCCAGAAGGGGAACGUCUUCAGCUGGGGGGCGACCGCCGUCAGCCUCCACGGAGGGGUGCGGCUCGAAUCGGAGGACAGGUGCCCCUAGCCUCGGGACUGGACGUUCCUCGGCGCGGCGCUGUUUCAGAACCAGGCAGGUACAGUAGAUGACGUGAGCUACGGUAGGCAAACAGAGCAGGAAAGCGAACUUCCGUCAGGUGUGUCAUGUCCUCACUAACAGAGGUUAGCUGUCCGCACACGGCCCGGCUCUCCAACGGGAACGUGCCGCAUGGCAUCCAGGGAUGUGAAGAAUCAUUACGGUGUUAAAUACACUUUGAUUUUAUCUGCAUACGUCUCUAAAUCAUAUCUCUGCAUCAACAAUAAUAAAUACAGCUUCAGCAAAGUUUUUUUAUGA